UACGGAUUCUCUGAGUAAUGAUCAGGCUAUUGAUAGAGAGCGAAGAGCGUUGGGAUGGAAAAUGCUCGCUUACAGGUUUGCCCGAAUGAAGUAGGUAAAAGUGACCUCAUUUAUAGCAUAUUGCCAGUCGCAUCACUACUGCAGCUUAUGGCUGGUAUGCAAAAGCCUUAGAAUGCGCUUUGAAUAUAAUAAUGUCAAAUUAAUAUAAAUCAGGGCGUUAUUGUAUGAAAUUACUUUUCGCCGCAUACGAAAAAAACAAAAUAAAAAAAAUAAACAGUAGGUAUUAAAGCCAAGCCCAAGCAGCUUUAUUAAAGGGAGUUUACCUGCCAUGCGUUAGUAUAAAUCUACAUCGAUAUAAUUAAUGUACUUAAAUGUAUUACGCAUAAUCCCCAAAUUAGUCACAUUAUUACAGAAUUAGUCACAGCACGUGUGACCGCUAAUCCGCUUAAAUGUUCACAAUAAAGGAUUAAAAUUGUGAUUUUUUUAUUGUUUAUUUAGGUUGAUGUAUUCAUUGAACUUUGUUUCCAAUUUUAAGAUAUACCUUUGUAAUCUACCUACAACAAAUAAACAUUUUAUUUAUUCAUUUUUAUUUAUUACUUGGCUUAUUUUUCGGAUUAUUUAUUCAUAAGUUGAUAUUUUUAAACUUCGAUAUAUUUUACUUAUACAAUAGCACUCGUUGGUCUAAAUUUCUGGGGUUAAGUUAAGAUAUUCAAUGACUGGGUGUAGCGCCAAAUGGGGUGCGUGGCGCCAGGAUGUCGGGAGCCGUCGCGGCGACGCGCCGUCGAUGGAGGCUGCACAGUUUUCGCUGGGAGCGCGGCCCGCCCGCCCAUACACGUACACCCGCGAUAACAAGCCUGCCUAUCAAACGUCCACACUACAAUCAUGAAAGUUCAUGUUAUAAUACUCAUAACUUUAAUUCACUAUUCACAAACUGUGAAAACCAAAUCAAAAAAUGUUUCAAUAAAUAAAUCUGACGAUGCCAUUAAAAAGUAUUUGGAGAAACAUGAAGAAGUCUUGCUGGAAGUUACUAAGAAUAAAAGUGAAGUUAAACCUGUAUCAAUAACUAACGUGGUGAAUGCUAAAAUAGUGCCUGUUGCAGCCAAGAAAGUAAAAGCUCCUCCCAAAAUGAUACCGCCAGAUAUAAUUCAAGAAUGGGCGAAUGAAAUUUCGCAGAAAUUGUACGAAAACGAAGCGAUCGUGGUGCGUAGAGAAGUGCUACUAAAAAGUUUUUCUGAUAUAAAAAUAGAAGUACGCAACGGUACAGCCAUCGUACACAAAAUGGCUAAAGACUUGGAGGAAUUGUUAUCGAGGAGAGCUCAUGCUGCUGAAGAAAUUAUGCGACGGGCCGAGGAAUUAGCAACGAUGGAAGCUGAACCAGAUGACAGCUACACUUUUGAUUACAGCGUAAAUCUAGAUCAAGUAAAGAAGAAGAUUGAGAAAAGCGAAUUAGAGGAGAAUCAAGAACCACUCAGCUGUAGAAACCUGCGAAAGAUCAAGCUCAAGAACAGCAAACAUUUCGAUGCUGACGUAUCCUUAGACUACUCGAGUGUUCAUGUUUCAGCGGAAGUAUUUGAUUGUGCCCCAAAUGUAAAGGAACAUCUAUUUUGGUCUGAAGGUUUGCUUUCAACAUUCCAAAAAAACUAUGCUCAGGAUUCAUCAAUGGACUUUCAAUAUUUUUGCAGUGCUCAAGGAUUUCUAAGGCACUACCCUGCGGCACUAUGGGAAAGCAUGUAUAAGUUGAAAUAUACCGACAAAGAUUCGGAUAAGGUGUACGACUGCAGACUACGGCCUUGGUACGUGAGUGCGGGUGGCGCACCGCGAGAUGUUUUAAUACUUCUUGAUGCAUCUGGAUCUAUGGAGAACUCCUCGAACCAAGUCAUCGCUGAACAGUUCACCCUUGCACUACUCAGCGCACUCACAGACGAUGACAGAGUUAACGUUCUUCGUUUCAAUGUUAUUAUAGAAUCACCUAUCAGUUGUUUCAAUGAAAAAUUAGUUUCAGCAAACCAUGUCAACACGGCAGCAAUGAUGGCAGCCAUGAAUAAUUAUAAAAUGACGAAUGAGACGUUAAUGGCAGACGUUUUAGAAUCUGCAACAAGACUGUUACAACGGCAACAUUCGACGCCGGACCGGCCGAAAGCCUGUCAGCAAGCAAUCAUCCUACUAACUGACAGUCUCUACGACAACUAUACGCAUUUAAUGAGACAUCUCGACCCUGGUGGAAAUAUUAGAGUGUUCGUGAUGUGGUUGCACGAUGUCUUCGGUCUCCGGGACAACACCCGCACGUAUGGUGAAGGCCUAAGCUGUGAACGCGAUGGCUAUUUCGCGGAGCUCAUCACACCGUUCGACGUCACACAACAAGUGCUGAAGAUCCUGCAAGUCUUGGAGCGCCCUCUAGUGUCGCAGAGGAAUCAGAGACUAACAGUAUUCAGUGACGUUUACGCGCAUGUUGAGGAUCCCAGAAGAGGUGAGUUGUAUUGGAGAUCUAAGGAGAAUAAAGAACAGUUGAACAGAUACAAAGAUCUGAGACGAAACAAGAAACAGUUGCUCAACAGCACACAGCUAUAUAAAGACUGGAUGUACCAAGUUAAUUAUAAUAGAUACGGACAUUACUACGAAGGAGAGGACUUGAAUUAUAGAUUGCAGAUCAGCGUGUCGGUUCCAGUGUUCGAUUACGUUACUAGCGAAAACAUUACCAAGAAACUUGAUGAGGAAAAACAAAGGAAUUCUACUAGAACGUACCCAGUUAACCGGCUAUUGGGAGUGGCUGGUGUAGACAUACCCAUCGAUCAUUUGAAACUAAUCCUCCCUUAUCACCAGGUUGGUGCCGGGGGAUCUCUGAUCCUAGCUGAUCACCGGGGCAAUAUAGUCAUACACGACAACGUACGGCAUACAUUCGAUGGCGAUAUUUUGAAACCCGGAUACCGCACCGUUGACCUCCUGGACUUAGAACAACCAGCAGAAAAUCAUAAACCGCGGUAUUAUCCCGAAGAGUGGCUGAAGUUCCGUAGGACGCUGAUAAUAGAUAAAGACAGCGGUAAUGUUACAAUGUAUGGUAAAGGUAUUUAUGACGACGGAAUGAGAGCUAUUUUGGAAAAGCGACAAUACUACUGGAAAAGAGUUCUGAACCAUUACACUGCGAUUGUCGUGCUACCUCUUAACAAUAGAGUGCAUGCCGUCCCCGACGCUACCUUCACCAGAGAAAUAGCUGCUGAGGCAUGGAAAUCGCUGUCCAGGACGGACUACGCUGUGAACCCUGAUUGGUUGUACUGUCGUCACAUCGAGCCACACUUCGAGACGCGUGAGGCAGAGGUUCGUCACUUCGUGAAGCGUCGCAGCGACGAAGCGAACUUCCCAAUGCAAAAACUGAAGUACCUCUUCAGCCCGAUACCACCAUCACUCUUCGAGAAGACUUAUCAAUGUAACGAGGACCUGAUGGCAAAAUUCUGCAAGGAAGCUAUCGCGACGGACCAGUGGGCGCGUGAGCAUGAAGAGCCGGACACUGAGAGAGAUUGCUCUACCUGCGAGUUGGGUUCCACAACAGCGUUCUUCGCUAGUGAGAGUGGCUUAACCCGUUGGCAGCAGUAUCAUGCGACGAGUGCGCACGCCCUCCCCCCCUCAGGCGCCUGGUGGCCGCGAGGCCCUGCAGAGUCAUGGUACCGCCGCGCCGCUGCUUCACCUGACACACUCAUCAUACACGCUCCUGUAGAACCUAUUGGGAAAAUGCGCAUUUCGAAAACACGGCCACCGCCUUACACCAUACGAUCAGAAUGGCUGACCGCAGCCCGGACGCUGGGUUCCGCAGAGCAUGGCAUGAUAGGAGUAGCGGGGUACCACUUCUAUCCACAACACUUAAUCGAUCUACUAGAAUCUGUCACUAACUUCCCAUGUCCGGAGUGUGAAGAUUACCGGGCUCGCUGCGAUGGAGUGACCUGGUCAUGCGUUUUGAUAGAUGAGUACGGUUGGAUAGUGGCCAGAGAGGGUCGCAACCUCACUGGAGAGCCCGACGAACCUCUUCGUGAACACUUUGCCUCCGUCUUUCCAAUGGCUAUGAAGGCACUGCUCAACGCCAGCGUGUUUGAAAUGAACUGGAUACAUGACUACCAGGGCGUUUGCUUCCCCCCUGAAGAUGAGCCUUUAAAUUCCGCCAUGACUGUGGUGCCCUCCAUACUAAGGUCACUAUGGCGUUCAGUCAGCAUUAUCCUCAGAGUUACUCAGGAAAUGGUCACUCUCAUCACUAUACUUAGUUCUAGUUGUGUAACACUAGUGUCUGGAGACACGGAGCAAGAAAAACAAAAACGCAAGAAGCGUCUGUGGCGAGACUAUGAGCGCGAAAAGUACGAGACGUUGUAUGACGAUCGAGUACUCGUCAACAGAACGAGAUUCGCAGCGUGUGAUAGGUCUAGAGUACUCUAUCUUUUACAGAACACCAAUAGAGCGCAAGAAGCUCUAAACCGUCCUCCGAAGCCAUGCAGUUGGCCUCUAGUGGCAGCGCGUGUUCCGAAGACCAACCUACUGUUGGUGGCUGUAUACAACAAUUGCCCGCUAAGGGGAAAACCUGUCAACGACCCUCUUAUUAAUGAACAGUACCUGGAAGUGGACCCAGACGUGAAAGGGUACAGACAGAGUUCAGCGAGUAAGUUGGCGUGUUGGCGGAACCGAGUGCCGCUGCCGUCGCGGCCGCCGCAUGUCAAGUGCUACUCACACAACUACGCACGUGAAGCAGGCUACAGGCAAUGCGGGCCCUGGCUGCCCGAUCCAGAGGAAGAAGACGCUGCUUCUAGCAUCAUCGCAUCAAACACCAUCACAUUCAUCGUCACCAUGUUCCUGAUCAAACAAUUGUUGUAAACAAAUAAAACAACAGUAACAUAUUUCCAUUAACUUGUUUAUUUCAUAAUUAAAAACAAAGAUAUUUGGUUUAGGAAUUAUUGUAGAUAAUACUGGUGACCUGCAAACGUCAACAAAUUAACUAAUUGGCGUCACAUGUAUUUUCGUAUUCAAAAUAAGUGAAUUGAAUGAAUGACUGAAUGGAAUGUAAACAAAUCGGUCAAAGCUGUUCAUGCUCACUAAAACACUAGUUACCGCUCAAGAUGUUAUUAUAUAAAAUAGAGACAAUCGAUUUAUCAUGCAAAUUGAUAUAUUUAGUCGAUAGUUAUAUCAUCAGUGAACAGUCACAGUUAUCUUCCGGUAACGUUAAUUAUUAUUUACUUUUUUUAAUAAAUUAGACGAAAAUAUUACAACUAUUAAUGCCUAUCUAAUAAACUAAAUACGUAACUGAACAGUUACUCUCGAAUUUAUUGCUUAUUGCGUAUGAAAUGUGAAAUAAAAAUAAAUGUGACUUAGUCAUUGUGAUUUUUAAUUCGUUUCUUUUAUAAAACAUCCUUUAAAAAAUCCAGACUAAUGGGUUGUAAAAGACACCGCUCGUAUGACGGCCUCUAAUUUUGUAUUAUGCUAUACAGUGAAACAUAUUAUUGAACAGUUAGGUUGUUUAGAAUAAAUUGAAGAAAUAAAUGAAUGAAGUUAUUUUUGAAUGUCCUAACUACAGAUGCUUGCAUCCCCAACAAGACCAACGAGCAAGCACUGUCGCUGUCAAUGUUCCGUUAUUUUUACGACUAAAUAUUAUACACGUGCUAUUUAACUUACAACCCUGAAAGUCAGACUAUUUAAUGUUCUAUUUUCUUUCAUACGACCUGCCUACAAAACAUUUUCAUGAAACAAAUAACACGGCGAUGUUAGAAAAAAGGGUAAAAUAUUAAUUUCUUAUUAAUUAUAUUCUAAAGACAUCUUAUUAAUACGAAUAAUCUUACUGCUCCAUAAUCUUAUUAGACAAAAAUAUAGUAUAGCUAGAUAUUCAUUUUUUACUUCUUUAUAUUGAACUUUAAUAUCUCAAGUUGUAAGUCAACUGAUAUCUUUAAUAUAUUGAGCUUGAACAUCUACACUGCGACUUCUAUUACACUAAAUGAUAACAAUCACAUUUUCAUUUACUCGGCUUUCUUUGGUUACACUAAGAAACAUCAGGUGGAACGGAAAGGGCAUCCAACGAAUAAUCCAUUACAUCCGACGUUUAGCAAAUAGCUGUAAUUAUAAAUCAAUUAAUUAUAAGAAAUCUACACAUGAAAAUUUCGAGUCGAAAUUUUUAGAAUUUGACGCAUCAAUCAAUGUAAGAAACGCUACUCUGUGUAGUGUGUUCCACAUAAGUAAGGUAAAAAAAACUUUAUCUUGAAUUUCUUUUGUGAGUACCGUUACUCAGAUGGCUACAGAACACAAUAUACGCAGAACGCACUAUACUUCACUUUAUAUUCGUUGAUACUAAAAUAUAUUAAAACAUUGCACUAGAUCUGCAUUACAAUCACUAGCAGAAACCUAGAAAGUACUAUUUAUAACUAAAAAAGUACAAAUAAACUGUAUAAACGAAUGCAGAUCUAAUACCAAAAGUCCUUAACUGUAAAGGCUUGCCGUUCUCUUACUUUUAACAUCAAAUGUUAUCUGUAUUGCGGUGUAAGGCAUUUGUUUGUUCAGGACAAUUUAUUCAUAGCGCAAUGGCGUCACGGUCUUACUCCGUACCGUUGACAGAGAACUGAAGAGGGAAAAAUUGGCGGGAAAAUAAGUACCAAACUAUCAUUUUUAGAAAUGACAAUUAUUUGUGAUAUAAAGUUAAGUCUGAAUCCCAGAAUAAGAAGGCAGAUAUGCAUAUAUAAAUACAGGUACCUAACGUCACCCACUCUCGGAGGGAGUCUCUUCCGACCUGCGCUCAACGGUCGCUCUUACCGCCGCCUAAGUGUAAAAGUACGGCUCAAACAGUUCCACACAGACAACCAGACAGUGCUAUUACUAUAUUCUUUAUUCGAACCGCUUAGAAACAAUGUAUAAUCUUACAUGUACGGAGAAGAUCAUAACACCAUGCUUGUUACAUAGGUACAAUAUAAUAUAUACCACUACAAACUCUUUUUACCUCUGUCAGUUCUUUUUUGGCACUAUGUAACCUAUCAAAAUAUUCGAAACUAGUUCUUUGAUUUAUAUUUGAACAGGAAAUUUCAAUCAAUUUGUGACAAUCCUGUUAAAUUUAUAAAAUACUAUCAGUAUUACUUAGUACUUAACUAUGUCAAAUAAUAUUUUAACAAAACCUAUAAUAUCUUUUGGUUUCGUAGAAUACAUAAGAAACAAAUAUUUCGACGUAUUGUUUUAGCCGUGGAAUUUAUUGUCAAAUAAUAAACUUUGAGAAUUUUAUAUUACACAGUUCAGAAUCGAAGCCUUACUGAAAAGCCAAUGUAUUUUUAUAUAAGCUGCCUCCAAUUAUAUCAAUGACCAAACGGCACGACCAAAACAAUACACAUACAAAUUAAUUAUAAAACAUAAUAAUAUAAAUAAAACAUAACAAAUCUUUGGUAUUUUAUACAUAGGCGAAGUGCGUUAGGCAACAAAUAUUAAUAAUAUAAUUCAUUAUUGACAUUUCAACACAUUACAUGUGCAAACUAUAAAUAAAAAACACUGGUAUGUGGUGCACAUUUGUAAAAAUAAACUUAAUAUCAUUAAAGGAAUGUGAAAACAAUAAAAAUAUAGCAAAUAAGUUAAUUGUAUUGUGUCGAUUUCCUUAAUAAAUAACAAGGUACGGUAAAAGAAUGUUAUUAUUUAAAUAUUUCGAAAUUAUCUUGCUUUAUAAGCAACUUUGAAAGAGACAAGUCUAAUUGUAACUAGCACUAAAUACUGAAAUAAUUCAGCCAUUCUUAAAAAAAUAUUGGCAAAAUUUAAUACUAACUUUUACUUUGUAAAAUAAAGAAGUGAUGAAUUUAAUAGAAAUCUAAUAAUACAUACAUUUUGAAACUUACGAUUAAAACAUAAUUUGUAUUCACCCCAUUACACGAGAUACUUCUAACAGUAAAUUGGACGACUACAUCCAGCCAUGUAUUUUAUAAUAUAUUCGAGCCCAUUCCUAACAACAUUUACAGAAUAACUUCAAUCAUCACACAUACACCCAAUUAUGUUAGAAGUAUUUCGCAGUAAAACAAGUCAUUAACGAAUGGAGAAAACAAUGUUGCUAUGGAAACAGCCUGCUGUAUUCGAUGACAUCAUUAUUAUCACGAUCAUGAACACCCAUAAGACAUCCACUGCGAAACCAUAGGGAACAACAACGUCGCAAGAAACCAA